UAUAGUCAGGCCUCAGUUCCACUUGAGAGAGCUUUAAGCACGAGUUCGACUCAUUACCUCUCAACAACGUCAUCAACAAUGUCCGACACCGAAGCCAAGAGCGGCAAGGCAGCAGGCAGUGGCUGGACUGACAAGGAACGCCUCACGUAUCUCUUCGCGCUCAUUGACAACACCGGCGUCAAGCUCGACUACAACACGACCCCGCGCCCCAACGGCCGUUCCGUCAUCGCCUGCCAGCGCAUGGUGGACCGCCUCAAGGGCACUCUCAAGGACGAGCUCGAGGCGCUCAAGGCGGGUGACCCUAUCGGCAAUGUGACGCCCAAGAAGGCUCGCGCGAACGGCAACGGCGAUGGUGAUGGCGAGAAGAAGACACCGACCAAGCGCAAGACCAAGGGCGAGGCUAAUGUGGAUGGCGAGGGAUCGCCCAAGAAGCGUGGCCGCAAGAAGAAGGCGGAUGCGGAGGUUGAGGUCAGGGAGGAAGUCAAGCAGGAGGUGGAUGCUAGUGAUGAGAUCUGAGUGCCUGAACUUGGAAGAUUUGCACAUUCUGGUCCGGAAUGGAAGAGCGAAUGGCGCAUUGUGCGGCGUCAGCCACGCUUCCGUAUCACGGCGAUUUCUGGGUUUCUAAUGGAUAUGUGAUCACCAUGG